GGAUUGUUUUGAUGGAGUGUUACCUUGUCUGUGAAGAGAGAGUGCGGCCAUUUUGUUAGUUAGUUCGGCUGUAAAUUUGUUAAUAAGGCGAAGAGAAACAAAUGCUGACAUUAUGUGAUGUCAGAUGAUCUUUAUUUUAAAUAAUAUCCGUGAUUACAGUAGGAGUCGGACCCAUGCGUGUGUGUGUGUGAGUUGUGGAGGAGCGAGCAGACUCGUGCUGGGAGUAGAUGUGAACGUGCUUCACAGGCAGCGUUUCAGUGCUGACGGAGGUCCCUUUUUUGUCCGGGACAUUUUCUCCACGGGGUCGCUGUUAUGACUGGAGGAUAAAUAAUAUUACUAAUUAUAAUAAAUGGUGGCGACAUCUGCCCGCAGCUCUUCCCGGCUCCUCCUCGCGCUUCUCUCCGUCCUGACGCUAACGGAUCCGCUGCUGACCGGGCCGCAGUUAGCACUGGCCACGCCACUGUCAGAGCCACGUUGCGCUCAAGACCAGUUCGCAUGUCUCAGUGGGAGGAUGCAGUGUAUCCCCCUGGACUGGAGGUGUGAUGGCUGGACCGCCUGCGAGGACAAGAGUGACGAGAUGGACUGUCCACCGAUGAAGGAGGAGCGCUAUCGCUAUGGCAGCGGCUUUGAUCAGAUGGAGGACGUGAUGGGCGUGGCUCAGCCUGUGCGCUUUAACAAAAAAUGUCCGACUGGAUGGCACCACUAUGAGAAGACGUCAAGCUGUUACAAGGUGUACGAGCAAGGGGAGAAUUACUGGCAGGCCGGUGAGACGUGUCAGAGAGUGAACGGCUCGCUCGCCACCUUCAGCACCAACGAAGAGCUGCAGUUCAUCCUCAAAAUCGACCAGAGAGUGUGUGAGCGCAGAGACCAGUGCAGUUUCUGGGUUGGCUAUCAGUAUGUCAUCACCAAUCAGAGUCGAUCGUUUGAGGGCCGAUGGGAGGUGUCCUAUAAAGGCUCUGUGCAGGUGUUUCUCCCCCCUGAGGGAUUGUCGAGUGUGUCAGAGGCGAGUGCGAAGCAGGAGAGUGUAUACUGCGCACAGCUGCAGCGCUUUCACAACAGGAAUAUGAACGAACGUGGCUUACACAGCUGGCACACUGAGAACUGCUACAAACCCUUCCCUUUUCUCUGCAAAAGACGACAGACGUGCGUGGAUAUCCGGGAUAACGUGGUCAGCGAGGGUCUGUAUUUCACGCCCAAGGGGGAUGACCCAUGUCUGAGCUGCACGUGUCACGACGGCGAGGCCGAGAUGUGUGUGGCAGCGCUGUGCGAGAGGCCGCAGGGAUGUACGCACUUCACAAAGGACCCUAAAGAGUGCUGCAAAUUCACCUGCCUCGAUCCAGACGGUAGCAGUCUGUUCGACUCCAUGGCGAGCGGUAUGCGUCUAAUCAUCAGCUGUAUCUCGUCGUUCCUGGUGUUGUCUUUGCUGCUCUUUAUGGUACAUCGCUUAAGGCAGAGACGCAGAGAGCGCAUCGACACACUAAUUGGAGGGAACUUGCAUCACUUUAACUUGGGCCGACGUGUUCCCGCCUUCGAUUAUGGCUCUGACGUGUUUGGGACCGGUCUCACGCCGCUACACCUGUCUGAUGAUGGAGAGGGCGGGGCUUUCCACUUUCAGGAACCACCGCCCCCAUACGCAGCAUAUAAAUACCCUGAGCUCCGCCCACCAGAUGAGCCGCCACCCCCUUAUGAGGCUUCCAUCAAUCCCAACUCUCUUCUCUACAUGGGACUUGGACUGAAUGGUACACAGGACAGUGGAGGAGGUGGAGCUCUCUGCCGAACCCCUCUUCAGGCCCCACCCCCUCCCCUUGAGGAGAGGGCAGAAUCUAUUGACAGCAGCACAAUGUUGGUGACCCCAGACACACCCACAGAGACCGACGACCUCGACCUUAGCUCCGCUCUUGAUUCCACUAACACCACCUCACUCAGUACGGUGGUUUGAGGAAACGGGUGUUUCGAUUGUUAUGGGCGGGGCCUCAGGAGAAAGAGGAUGGGUUUCUACAAUGAACUGACUGAGUGUUUUGAGCUUCAAUGCAGUUGUUAAGUGUAAAUAUGGCUGCUCCGUUUUACCUCCUUCUUCUCCACAGACUGAUAAUGACAACGGGCAGAGCUUCAGCUGUCUUUCCGUCUUCUGUCGCGUGUUGACGCUCCCGACCCCCCGUCUUCAUGACCCGCACAGCUGAAGCUUCAGAGUUCAGUCCUGCACAUGGAUGGGUUUCAUGUCGUUAGAUCCUGAAUGACCCCUGACCUUUCACCUUUCUAACCCAUUGCCUCCCUCAUCCCACUAUAAGAGCCUUGUCCCUUUCAGGGGCUGUGUCCGUAAUGCUGCGUUUAUGCGCUCUACUGUAUGCCUCAUCACUGAAUUGGUGUAUACAGUUACGGUACGUGACCGAUGGCAGCAUGCAGCCAUGGUAAUGAUGUCUAGUUUCGCACCUACAGCACAUAACCAGUAGUCUUUUUAUUUUCAUUGUAGAUGACCAGGUGCACCGGCAAGCCGUUGGGCCACUCCCAUGCUUCCUAAAAAACAUGGAUGCCGUAUUUUAGUCCUAGCUAUCAUACGACACUUCAUUCUCUCUGCAUUGUUUUAAGCUGAAGCUCUGCACAGUGUUUUGUUUGAACUCGAUUUGAUUGGGAAAAUCUCCUAUAAACAAUUCUAUGCCAUUUUCUAAAUGUAAUAUUCAUGUACUGAAGUAAUGAAAAUGUAUUUUUUUAACCUGCAUUGACAUUUACAGGGCUUUAACUAGGUGUACACCAGCUCUUGGGUAAAGGUAUUGUGCGUGUAACAAUUGUGUCGUUAACUUUUAAAUAAUGUACGUGGUAGCUACCCUGAUCGUAAUUUUUUUUUCUUUCUUUCUUUUUUUUUUUUAAGUAACAAAAGUUUGCACAAUUUUUUUUUUCCAGCAAAUUAAAAAUUAAGUCAUUUAAAAUCUGGUCAGGCUGGUUAGGUACAGUGUAAAGUUCAGAUCCUUUGCUUUCAGAUGUUUUUGUUUACGCACAUACAGGAAAUGACUCUCUAAAUGGGGUUGUGAGAAAUUGUCCUCGGAUGUACAGUUGAACAGCUGUUCUCACCAGCUCCCAACUCAGUUUUUCUCUAAUCGGACACAGCCCUUAUAGCGCACAUAAUCCUUAUAGAGGGAUUCAGCCUCCAUGGGGGAGCCCUGACAGGAGACAGCCACAGUGGGGAACGGAAGCUCUUAUAAGGGAACACGCCGCUUUAUAGAGGAUACAGCGUUUACAAGGGGAGCUCCGAGUCACCCAGUCUGUCUUUGGACUGUAAUACUGUGUGUGUGUGUGUGUGUGUGUGUGUGUGUGUGUGUGUGUGUGUGUGUGUGUGUGUGUGUGUGUGUGUGUGUGUGUGUGUGUGUGUGUGUGUGUGUGUGUGUGUGUGUGUGUGAGUGAGAGACACAGGCUGCUGAGUGUCAGCCCCGUUUCGGACAGGACGGUGAAUGGAACCGUAUUUAAACCAGACGCUGCGAUGUGGAUAUUCAGACAACUGAUAUACAAAAAAAAACACAAACAAACAAAUGAUCAAAAACAAUCACUGUAUUUUAAAUGGGUGCACGGUGGCUUAAUGGUUAGCACCAUCAACUUGCACCCCCAGGGUCAAGGGUUCGAUUUCCUCCGGAUACUCUGGUUUUCCCCAGUCCAAAGUGUAUGGGUGUGUGAAUGUAUUUGUGAUUGUGCCCUGUGAUGGAUUGGCACCUGUCCAGGGUCUACCCCUGCCUUGUGUCCCAUGCUCCCUGGGAUAGGCUCGACCCAGUAGGAUAAGUGGUUUAGAAAAUGGAUGGAUGUAUUUUAAAUGCCAAAUAAGUGAAGGAACUACACACACAGUGCAAGCCAGAAAGAAAAUGCUUCAGCUGGGCUGAACUGCAGCAUGUUUUUUUCCAUUCCUGUCUGAAAUAGGUCAGAUUUCCCACAAUGCAUAUGGAAGCAAAUCGUUAACUACUGUAUCAUCCGUGUGUGUGUGUGUGUGUGUGUGUGUGUGAGAGAGAGACAGAGACAGACACACUCUGGUAUCACAGUUCAGCCUGGUAGUCUAGUUAGGUAUGUGCCAAUAUUUAGCAGCAUUUGAUCACAAUUUGAAGCUCCUCAAUAACACUAUGGUGUGAUAUGUUGAAUGAUCAGUGAUUGACAUUAACUCUGAAAUGGUUAUUCAUAAAAAAAAAUCAACUGUUUUUAUUUCCAGUUUUAAAUUCUCUCAUUUUGUACAAAAAAAAUUUUGUUCAUGGACUUGGACGACUCUCAGACACUAUUUAACCAACCCCUUUUAAUCUUUGACCCUCUGGUUGACUGGCACAGACAAUCCUCAGUCAAAUGGCAAUUUUACUGCCUAGUCUUGAUAAUGUAAUGAGCAGAGUGUGUAGUGCUGAUGGACUCUGACGAUACCAAGUGUCUCGUCACAGCUCGAUUUGAUUUCUGCGUUUGUCGUCGCCGCUCUGCAUGUUUUUCUUCGUGGCGUGAGGAGUUUUAACAAGAAAACACUAAAGUCAGAUAUUUUGUGUAAAAUGCUACAACUGUUACAUUUUAAUGUUUAAUUUCAGGUUUUUAAUGUAAUUUCCUGUGUUAGGUUUAGUUGCAGGGUUUUGUGUUGUACUCUGAUGUCGAUGUAUAGCUCAUCAUCAUCAUCAGGCACCAAAUAAACUUCACUGAAGGAUAAGA